AGUGUUGAUGCCCCUGAGUAACUAUGUCCUGUGCGUUCGUGAUUUUUUUAUUUAGUUUUCUGGCCGCCGUUUUUCCUAUUGAGAAUGCCUCAGUCGAUCAAAAUGCUACAAGAAAUACGUUUUUACAAAAUUCUACUUUAGACAGAAAUAAUAACACUAACCACGGCCUAGUUUAUCCCAGAGAAUGGUUGGCUGAUCUUUUUUAUCAAUCGUUGGUGACAUUUUCGGUUAAAGAUGUCGGAAGUUCAGCGUGUAAACAGCAAACACAGAUGUACUUAAGCCAUUUGAAAAAUAAUUCACGUUGGGCGGUAAAAAUGUCUGACUCAUGGGUAAAAUACCCAAAUGGACUAUUGAUUGGCCUUACACAUCAUAUUGGAGUUUAUGAUGAAUGCAUAAAUGUUCAUCAACCCGUUCAAGGUAAAUAUUGUAUGUCGAACAUCCAACUGCAUCCCGUGACAACUGGGACGAAGAAGUUCAGCCAAAAACCUGGUAACAAUGAUCCUGCUUGGGAAGAAAUACUCGGGUUUAAUGAUGUUGGCGAUCAAGUAAGACGAAACCAUGUAAAUAUUGGAAUUUGCAUACCUGAAGCGUGCACUUUUGAAGAUCUUGAGUUUGCCUUACAAAGAAAACUUGACAGUAUAUUUUUAGCACAGAAUGUUAACGCUACGGUUAAAGUCGAACCAUCAUUGUGUUCAACAAAUAAGGACGUGCAUCCGUUUGGUAUGGGAUACCAUUUAACUAGGAUUAUUUUAGGAUUAAUCUUUUUAAUAUGUUGUCUGUCAACAAUAGUUCAUCUUAUAAUACUAAAAAAACUAAAGGACAAUAAGGAAACGAGUACAUUUGUCACGUAUAUUAAAUGGUUCUCGAUUAUCCAGAAUAUGAGCGAUUUACUUAAAUACGAAAAAAAGAACCCCUUAGAUGCAUUUUAUGGAGCUAAACUUCUUUUUAUGGCCAUAGUUUUAUGCACUCAUAAAUAUUUGUACAUCGUAUGGGGUCCUCUUCAGUAUCCACCUCAAGUUGAAGAUGCAUUGAUGAAUAAAAGCCCAUCUUUAUUCGACAAUGUCUUUCAAAACCUUAUGUAUACCAGUUCAAAUGGAGUUGAUCCGUUUUUUUUUUUCAACGCAUACUUGACAUAUUUUUCACUGAAAUCGCAUUAUAAUAAGCGAAAAUCCGGUUGGAGCGAAGUGCCCAGAAAUAUACUUUAUAAAUACUUGAGAAUGGUUCCGGCAUAUGCAGCUGUUAUAUUAGUUACCAUAUAUGUUGUUCCUCACAUAAGAAGUGGACCUUUUUGGUCUUACAAAAUACAACCGGAGAUUGACAGAUGUAAACAUUAUGGGUGGACUAAUUUGUUGUUUAUCAAUAACUUUAUCGGCUACGAUAAACAGUGCCUCUUACACAGUUGGUAUAUAUCAUGUCUGCUUCAGUUCCACGUUAUUGGUGCCGUCGUGUCAUACGUGUAUUACAAGAGCAAGCGAAGAGGUUUAAUUUUGAUGUGGUUAAUGUUAAUAAUAUCAUUAAUUACACCGUUCGUUCUAACGUUCUAUAAACGAACCAUCGGAUUUGUCAAAUUAAAUUACUCGAAUUUGGAAGAUGUAUUCAAUGACUCAACGGAAUUUAAAGACUUGUACAGACCAUUCUAUACUCGAAUGACACCUUAUGCUGCUGGCCUUUUGGCAAGUGUUUUGGUCGAUAACAUUAAUGAACGAAAAAUUCAAUUUUCUAUGACAACGAGUUAUGCUGGAACUGGGGUCACAAUGAUAGUGUGUUAUUUCAUUCAAGCCUAUGCUGUAUUGUUUUAUGAUAGUACGAGACCAUAUAACCCCAUUGAGCAUGCACUGUACGCCAGCCUUAGUCAUUGCACGUACACCAUACUCUUUUUUGUUGUAGCAGUUUUCCACUCCUCGUGGGGCUACGGUUAUUUGGAAAAUGUGUUCAGUAAUCGGAUCACAGUAUUUUUUGGGAAAAUGUUGUACUCGGUGUAUCUGGUUAAUAUAGUCGUAAUCAUGUCAAUGGACUAUAGCAGAAGAUCUGCCGUUUACUUAGGAGAAGAACAAUUGUAUAAAGAAUUUGUUUAUAAUGCCGUUGCCUGUUACUUCGUUGCUAUUUUCUUAUAUUUAACUGUGGAGGCCCCCUUUGGAAGUAUUAUAAAGAAAAUUUUUUAUGGAUAAUCUUUUGCAGUUGCACGAGAAUUCAGAAAAAACUAAUUAAUAAUUACAUAUGUUAUACAGACUGCAUUUUUGAUUGUUGUUUUGUGAUACCUAUGGAUUUUUAAAUCUAAUUUUAGAAACAUUUUAAAAUUAUAUUUACUAUCUCAAUGCUGACAUAUUAUAAUUAAUCUCAAAAUA